AUGCGCCGCCGGAGGGCGCUGCAGGCGUCGCGACCCGGGUCCGGUCGGGGGCGUCCUUACCUGGCGGCGACACCUGGGCCACGCCUGGACCCCCCCGCCGGAGACCUGCUGGUCAUCGUGCGCGCUCAGGUGGGUGUGUCGAGAGGCAGGGCUCCGGAGGGUGGCGCGUCCGACCUCUCCCAUCUCAGCGUGGAGAAGGAGGACCCAAAGGUGCCGCCCCCGUGUGUGAGUGUGAAUGCGUCUUGCGCGCUCUGCUGCUCCAGGUACGUCACGCACCUGAUGAAGCGCAUUCAGCGAGGCCCCGUGAGAGGCAUCUCUAUCAAGCUGCAGGAAGAGGAGCGGGAGAGGCGGGACAACUACGUCCCCGAGGUCUCAGCCCUGGAUCAGGAGAUCAUCGAAGUUGAUCCGGACACGAAGGAAAUGCUGAAGCUCUUGGACUUUGGCAGCCUGUCCAACCUGCAGGUCACUCAGCCUACAGUCGGGAUGAAUUUCAAAACACCACGUGGAGCCGUUUGAAUCUUUCUGCUUAAUAUUAUCAAUAAACCAUGGAAAACCUU